GAGUUCGGUACGUUCCAUCUGUAAAUACAUAUUUGGACAUGGCAGGGAAAAAACCUACAGUUGUGCUUUUACUUCACAUUUCAUGCCUCCUUUGUGCUUCUACUCUUUGCUUGCCCACGCCACAGAUUCCAGAUUUGGAUGUAGAUUAUGGACGAGACCUUGACAUUUUUGACAUUAAUGAAGAAGCAGGGCUGAAUCUGGUAGAGGGCGACAUCGUGAUUCAUGGGGAUCAAAGCCGAAAUUCCAUCAUAGGAGAUGAGUACCGGUGGCCAAAAACCAUUCCUUACUACAUGGAAGAUGACUUAGAGAUCAAUGCAAAAGGUGUGAUUCUGAAGGCCUUUGAGCAGUACCGCCUCAAGACCUGCAUCGACUUCAAGCCAUGGAGUGGAGAAGAAAACUACAUUUCCAUCUUUAAAGGGGACGGCUGUUUCUCCUCUGUUGGUAAUCGGCGAAUUGGGAAGCAGAGAUUGUCGAUAGGAACCAACUGUGACCGCAUCGCCACCAUAGAACACGAGUUCCUUCAUGCUCUGGGGUUCUGGCAUGAGCAGUCCAGAUCAGACCGAGAUGACUAUGUCAAAAUUAUGUGGGACCACAUCUCAGAAGGUAAGGAACACAACUUUAACACCUACGACGACACCACCUCCAGCUCUUUGGGCAUACCCUACGACUACGGCUCCAUGAUGCACUACAGCAAAACUGCUUUCCGUAAUGGCACUGAGCCCACCAUCGUCACAAAGAUCCCUGCUUUCAGCGACGUCAUUGGCCAGCGGAUGGAGUUCAGUGACAGUGAUCUGCUCAAGCUGAACCACCUGUAUAACUGCACUCAAGGCUCCACCUUCUUGGACUCUUGCGACUUUGAGCGUGAAAACAUCUGUGGAAUGAUCCAGGGGCGAGAGGAUAAGGCCGACUGGGUCAGGGUCUCUGAAGCUGCAGGAGGGCCAGACACAGACUACUCCAACAUGGGCAAAUGCACAGGAUCGGGGUACUUCAUGCACUUCAGCACUGGAACAGCCAACACUGGAGACACAGCUGUGCUGGAGAGCAGGAUCCUUUAUCCUAAAAGAGGUUACCAGUGUCUGCAGUUCUUCUACUACAACAGUGCACAUCCCAGCGACACGCUGAAGAUCUUUGUCAGAGAGUACGACAAAGCCAACCCCGAAGGAACUCUGCGCUUUAUAAAAACUAUAGACGGACCCCCUCAGGAGCUGUGGCAGCUGCACCAUGUGAGUCUAGAUGUCAAAACAAAAUUCCGCUUCGUUUUUCAAGGGACCAGGGAGGGCUCCGGGCCUUCAGCGGGGGGACUGUCCCUGGAUGACAUCAACCUUUCUGAAACCACCUGCCCAGAGUUUAUUUGGCAAGUGAAAAACUUCACCCAUCUUUUGGAAAGCUCUCCAACAGAUAUGUCGAUUUUUAGCCCUCCAUUCACCUCAAAGGAAGGUUACACCUUCCAGAUGAAGCUCUACCCCAAUGGAAAGGAGGGCUACUCCGGGGAGCUGUCGGCCUACGCUCACCUUGUGGCUCGUGAAGGGGACACGGGGCAAACCUGGCCAUGUCCCUGGAAACAGAUAACCAUGAUGUUAAUGGACCAGCACCCACAUAUUCAGAAACGCAUGUCCAAUCAGCGUAGUGUCACAACCGACCCCUUCUUCUUAUCAGAUUCUGAUGAGUUUUUCUGGGAUGAUCCUCGUAAGAUUGGUGUUGAGGUCACAGAUACUGAUGGAUCCAAGUAUUUCCGCGGCCCCGGCUCAGGAACUGCAGUAUAUCUCACCCACUUAAGAGCCAGAAGCAGAGAUUUUAUCAAGGGAGGAGACGCCAUCUUUCUUCUCACCAUGGAAGAUGUGUCCCAUUUGACAGCGACACAACCAGUGCCUUCCACCACAAAACCUAUGACAACCUCAAAACCUGGAACUACAGCCCCCUCUGAUGUGUGCCUCAAUGUGCAGUGUCAGAACGACGGCGUCUGCAUCGUAGACGAAGGCAAAGCAGCUUGCAGGUGUGCGGUGGGCAAUGACUGGUGGUACUAUGGGAACAGCUGUCAGCACAAAGGGUCCCUACAAGACAAAACCACUCUUGCACUGGCCUCCUCUCUGUCUGUACUGGGAGUAAUGCUGGUGAUUACAGUAGUCAGCGUCAUCUGUGUGAAGAAGAAGUUUAAGAAGCGUGCCUUUGAGAAUGGUGUAACUCUGGGAAAUGUGCAGACUGAAAAUAGACUCUAA